ACUGUUGGGGGCGGUGCUUACGACGGGCCCAAGACGCAUGCGCCCUGGCCGUUCCCAGUCGAAGUUCUCGGCUGCGGGCUGUGGCGUCUCCGGGGCGGCGCUUACGGCAGGCCCAAGACGCAGGCGCCUUGGCUUCUCCCAGCCGAAGUUCUCAGCUGCUGCUUGUGGUGCUGGUGUCUACGUUUCCGUACCGGCGGCCGCGGGGCCCUGGGAUAGUCUGUAGAGGAUGGCAAAUGACAAACUGCCCCCCUCAAGUCAAACUCAGGAGCAAGACUGUUUACAGAGGCAGUAUGUCGGUCACAUUGAAGAAGCAACAAUGAAAGAAGAAAAUGCUGGCGGUGUGGGCAUGGAGGACAGCCUCCCCUCUUGUUCCUCUGCUCAUGGGCCACCUGCUUCCGCUGAGGGGUGUCCGCUGGAAGCUCUGAGGAGAGGGCCUGCCCCACUGCACAUCAGCAGACGUCAGAUCCAGGCAGUGGAGCCGAGUGCGCAGGCGCUGGAACUGCAGGGGUUGGAUGUGGAUGUGUACGACCAGGACGUGCUGGAGCAGGGUGUGCUUCAGCAGGUGGGCGGCACCAUCCCUGAGGCCAGCCGUGCUGCCCAGCUCGCCGAUGCGGAGAGGGAGUGCCAGUCAGUCCUGGAUGACCUCACGUCAUGUACGGCAUCUCUAAGGCAAAUCAAUAAAAUUAUUGAACAACUUAGUCCUCAAGCUGCCACCAACAGAGACAUCAGCAGGAAACUAGAUUCUGUAAAACGGCAGAAGUAUAAUAAGGAACAACAGCUAAAGAAGAUCACAGCAAAACAGAAACGUCUGCAGGCCAUCCUCGGAGGAGUGGAGGUAAAAGUUGAAAUAGAUCACGCCAGUCUGGAGGAGGAGGAUGCAGAAGCGGGGCUGUCCUGCCUUGGCAGCAUGCUCAUGCCUGUUCAGGAGACUGCGUGGGAAGAGCUCAUCCGCACUGGCCAGAUGACACCUUUUGGGACUCAGAUCCCUCAGAAACAGGAGAACAAGCCUAGAAAACUAAUGCUCAAUGAAGCCUCAGGCUUUGAAAAGUAUUUGGCAGAUCAAGCUAAAUUGUCUUUUGAAAGGAAGAAGCAAGCUUGUAAGAAACGGGCAGCUAGAAAAACUCCAGCCUUGGUGACUUCUGAACUCAACCCAAUGCUCACUGAAAACGAACCAAACAAGAGAAGCAGAGUUCUCUCAAAAGCAGAUAAGCGCUUAAAAAAGCACAUCAGGAAGCUCCAGAAGAAGGCUCUUCAGUUCCAAGGGAAAGUGGGAUUGCGGAAAGGAAAGAAACCCUUGGAGUCUAACGUGCGGCGGCAGGCGGAGGGAGACUCUGAGGGUGAAGAGUCCGAGUACUUUCCCACGGAGGAAGAGCUGCGGGAGGCGGCGGGGGCUGAGCUGUCAGAUGGCAGCGACUCUGAAUGGGGGAAGUGGCAGAAGAAAGUCAAAAUGCAGUAUAUUGAUGAUGACUUUUUUCCAAGUUCUGGGGAAGAAUCUGAAGCUGCCACAGGAGGAAGAGGCGGUCGGAAAGUAGUGAGAUGCCGAGAUGAUGGAGAUGAAGCUUCCUACAAGCAGCGGUUAAGGAGAUGGAACAAACUGAGACUGCAGGACAAAGAGAAGAGUUUGAAGCUUGAAGAUGAUUCUGAGGAAAGUGAUGCUGAAUUUGAUGAAGGUUUUAAAAUGCCGGGUUUUCUUUUCAAAAAGCUUUUUAAGUACCAGCAGACAGGUGUUAGGUGGCUGUGGGAAUUGCACUGCCAGCAGGCAGGAGGAAUUCUGGGAGAUGAAAUGGGAUUGGGCAAGACCAUCCAGAUAAUUGCCUUCUUGGCAGGUCUGAGCUACAGCAAGAUCAGGACUCGUGGUUCAAAUUACAGGUUCGAGGGGUUGGGUCCAACUCUAAUUGUUUGUCCAACAACAGUGAUGCAUCAGUGGGUAAGGGAAUUUCACAUGUGGUGGCCUCCGUUCCGAGUGGCAGUUCUACACGAAACCGGCUCCUGUACCCACAAAAAGGAGAAACUAAUUCGAGAUAUUGCUCAUUGUCACGGAAUUUUGAUCACUUCUUACUCCUACAUUCGCCUGAUGCAAGAUGAUAUUAGCAGGCAUGACUGGCACUAUGUGAUCUUGGACGAAGGACACAAAAUCCGAAACCCAAAUGCUGCCAUCACCCUUGCUUGCAAACAGUUCCGCACCCCUCAUCGCAUCAUCUUGUCUGGCUCACCGAUGCAAAACAACCUCCGUGAGCUGUGGUCGCUGUUUGACUUUAUCUUCCCAGGAAAGCUGGGCACAUUGCCUGUGUUUAUGGAGCAGUUCUCGGUCCCCAUCACCAUGGGGGGGUAUUCAAACGCCUCCCCAGUACAGGUUAAAACUGCUUAUAAGUGUGCGUGUGUCUUACGGGAUACCAUAAACCCAUAUCUACUGCGCAGAAUGAAGUCAGAUGUCAAAAUGAGUCUUUCUUUACCGGAUAAAAACGAACAGGUCUUAUUUUGCCGUCUUACAGAUGAGCAACAUAAAGUCUACCAAAAUUUCAUCGAUUCCAAAGAAGUUUACAGAAUUCUCAAUGGAGAGCUGCAGAUUUUCUCUGGACUUAUAGCCCUAAGAAAAAUCUGCAACCACCCUGAUCUCUUUUCUGGGGGCCCCAAGAAUCUCAAAGGAAUUCCAGAGGAUGAGCUAGAAGAAGACCAGUUUGGAUACUGGAAACGUUCUGGGAAGAUGAUAGUUGUUGAGUCCUUGUUGAAGAUAUGGCACAAGCAGGGUCAGCGAGUGUUGCUGUUUUCUCAGUCAAGGCAGAUGUUGGACAUACUUGAAGUAUUCCUUAGAGCCCGAAAGUAUUCCUAUCUCAAAAUGGAUGGUACGACCACAAUAGCUUCAAGACAACCACUGAUUACGAGAUACAAUGAGGACACAUCCAUAUUUGUGUUUCUUCUGACCACUCGGGUGGGUGGCUUAGGAGUCAACCUGACGGGGGCAAACAGAGUCAUCAUCUAUGACCCCGACUGGAACCCGAGCACCGACACACAGGCCCGGGAGCGAGCGUGGAGGAUAGGCCAGAAGAAGCAGGUGACGGUGUACAGGCUUCUGACUGCGGGCACCAUUGAAGAAAAGAUUUACCACCGACAAAUCUUCAAGCAGUUUUUGACAAAUAGAGUGCUAAAAGAUCCAAAGCAAAGGCGAUUUUUCAAGUCCAACGAUCUUUACGAGCUGUUUACUCUGACUAGUCCUGAUGCAUCCCAGAGCACUGAAACAAGUGCUAUUUUUGCAGGAACUGGUUCAGAUGUUCAGACACCCAAACGCCAUUUAAAAAGGAAACUUCACCCAGCCUUUGGAACAGACCAUAAUGUUCCAGUAUGCAAAAUGUUCCCUGAUUCUAAUGCAUAUGCAAAUGAUGCCACAUCAUUUGAAGAGAAAUCUACAGCUAUAGGAACUGACGUAAAUGUAGUAACUUCUAAUCAAGGUGACUCUUUGAGAGAUGCCCCUCUAAUACCCAGUUCUCCAAUUAGCAGUGUUAGACUUGGCGAAGAGACGCAUGUUGUGUCUAGACAAGAGGACUCACCGGUGCUGAGUGGGAAUGGGGAGUGCUCAGAUUCUCCAAGAAUCAGCAAAAUGUACAGGACAUCUGGUGAGGAAAGCGUUGAUGAAAAAAAAGGUUUUUCUGAUCAAAGCGAAAGCUGCCAAGUUCAAACAGAACCCCUUUGGGAAAAUGAACAAAUUGAAAAUAACUUUUAUAAGCACAAAUCAAAAACAAAACACAGUGUGGUGGAAGAAGAGACCCAGGAGAAACAUCUGAGGCCAAAGCAAAAGCCUAAGAACUCCAAGCGUCGACGAGACGCCAAGUUUGAAGGAACUCGAGUCCCACACCUGGUGAAGAAAAGGCAGUACCAGAAGCAAGAAAAUGAAAACGAGAGUGAGAACAAGGAACAGAACAAUGAUGAUUAUGUUUUGGAAAAGCUUUUCAAAAAAUCAGUUGGCGUGCACAGUGUCAUGAAGCACGACACCAUCAUGGAUGGAGCCAGUCCCGAUUAUGUGCUCGUGGAGGCGGAGGCCAGCCGCGUGGCCCAGGAAGCCCUGAAAGCGCUCAGACUGUCUCGCCAGCAGUGCCUGGGAGCAGUGUCUGGGGUGCCCACGUGGACCGGCCGCAGGGGGCUUUCUGGUGCGCCUGCAGGAAUGAAGAGUAGAUUUGGUCAGAAAAGGAAUUCCAGCUUCUCUGGACAGCAGCCUUCGACAUCGCCAAAGGAGAAAUGCCAGGAUGGCACCAUGAAAAAAGAUGGAAAAGAGAAUGUUGUGGAGCAUUUUAGUGGAGGAGUGGAAGAUCCAGAGUCGACAUCCGGGGCUCUCCCCUCAUCCUCACUGUUGGCUAAAAUGAGAGCUCGAAACCACCUGAUUUUGCCAGAGCGAUUGGAAAAUGAAAGUGUGCAGGGUCAGGCCUCUGUCCCCCUGUCCGCCACCACGGAGCACGACGCCCUUCUGGUAGAGAUGAGAAACUUCAUUGCUUUUCAGGCCCAGGUGGACGGCCAGGCCAGCACGCAGGAGAUCCUGCAGGAGUUUGAGUGCAGGUUGUCAGCUUCACAGUCUUGUGUCUUUCGAGAGCUACUGAGAAGUCUGUGCACUUUUCACAGAACUUCUGGUGGUGAGGGGAUUUGGAAGCUCAAGCCGGAGUACUGCUGAUCAGCACUUCUAAACUGUUAAUUGACUUUUUAACGGACAUUUCUGAUUAUUAACCUGUGCUUAAUAAUCAUGUUUGUCCACAGGUUGGCUACAUUUGCUACUUACUUUGAAUGAUAAUCUACCUCAUAAUUAAAACUUUAAGGAAGAAGAAAUUCUUUGAAACUUAAAAGUUUUAGAAAGACUUGGGUUAAUUUUGUUUUGAUACUGUGAAUUAUGUUGUAAAAUCGGGGGCCUAACAGUUAAUCCUUGGAACACAUUUGUUCCUUUUCCCAAAAGAUGUUGUCGGAACACAUUGCUGCUCAUGUAGCAGUUUGUAGACCAGAAAUCUCAAGAAUUAUUUUUAUUGGUGCUAAAAACGUCUUACAUUCAGUCAGACUUGUUCAAUAAAUUAGUUCAUCAGUAUCUGAAAACAGCAUUAUUUUUGCUAGAUAGCUUCUUUAAAUGUUUAAAUUUAUCAUUUGCCACCCCAAAACGCUCAGAUUUGUUAUCUUUUAAAUCAUAUUAUUAAUUGCUUUUAAAUAAUCUUUUAAGGUACUGUUACAGUGGGAGGUAUUUAUGUUAGGAAAGUGUGAAAUAGCUUGGUAAUAAAUGAUAAGAUGUGUUUGCCGCAAGUUGUAAUGUACUCAGUUUACACUGGCUUUACUUUAAGCAAAAUCGUUUUCCCCCCUACAGUGACUUGGUUUUAGGAAAAUGAAAUGUGUUAUCUUAAAGAACAAAAAAAACAAGCAGAACCAAAAUUACAGAUAAAACAACACAUACACACGAUCAUCCAGAUCUACGAUCAUUCCCACCCCGUGACCACUAUUCCAGCACACUCUCUGCUUCUAUGCUGGGAGGUAACUUUGACCAUUUAUUAUUUUAUUCUUGGUUUGCUUUCCUAAAGAUGCUGAUUGCUUCAUAUUAGGCAGCACCAUUCUCCUUCUGUAUUAUCUUCUGUCCUGUUGUUUCCAUCUCUCUUUUUCGUUUGCAUUCACUAUGACUCCUGUUUAAGAAGUUUGGUGUUCAGUUGCAUCUGUUCUGUUUCUGUUAUUUAUGUAUUUAUAGUUUGGUGAUGGUAGUGUUUUGAUUAUCAAUUUUUCUGAGCCCUGUUUUUCCUGUUUCCUUCUCACUUAAGAUCUCAGCUCUGAAGUCUUGUUUUCUUACAUUUAUUGUAUUCCUUACAUUUUUUCUAGAGCUGUCACAGUGCAUGCAGUUUGUUUCUUGGAUUUGUUUUCUCUGGCUUGCUCUUUGUCCUGUCUUUGAUUUUUCCAUGUCAUUCCUGCCUUCUUCCCAUGCCAUUUCUUACCUCUUGCUCCUGCUGAAAGUGGGCAGCUGCCUCCAGAUCUGUAUGCUCUUCCCCAGGACCCAGAGAGAAGGGGUCUGGGCUGGGGGUCGAGGAGAGCCUCUGCUGGACAGCACGCAGCUCUGGUUGGACGACUUGGGCUUUACCUUUCCAUCCUGAGAUUGUGUUCAAUAGCUUGGGCCAAGGAUCCUUCCCCUUUGGCACGAGAAGUCAGAGUUGGAGUCGUGAUUACCACCAGGGUUUUCUCCUGCUUUUUUUUUCAGAUUCUGGCUUUUUCUUUUUUUUUCCUUUUUUCUGUUUUUAGAGUGACUUAUUACAUAUUAGAAGAGGAAGAUAACUAUUAUUUUCCUCAUUUUGCCAUCAUUAUCUAGAAGUCAUAGAAGGGAUUUUUAAACAGCUCAGUAAAUUCUAAACUUGAGUACUUAGGCUCAGAACGGAGUCAAACUCAUGACUAUUUUGUUUCUGGGAAGUCCAUUUUUCAUUUUUAUUUUUGUAAUCAUUAGCCUUAAGAGAUUGUGUCCCCCUUGUUCAGAUUGAAGUACUGAUACAGGUCACAACUGUCAAGGGUUUGGACAUCAUCUUAUAUUGUCUGAAGUCUAAACUGUACAGAGCUAGAGAAGUUAUAACCUUCUCGUCAAGUAGCAAAUGCCAUUAAAAGUUAUGAUGCAGUAAAAACAAGGUGGUCCUCACUCCAGUUCUUGCCUCAGCCUGCCACUGGCAAGCUGUGACCAUGUGUAGGUCACUGCCCUGCGUGUGUCUCGGUGUGGCUGUCUGUAAACAUUGUCAUCAUUCGUCCGGGUGAGGGGUUGAGUGCGUGGGGGUUGGGGGGGCGACUGAGAGAAAGAUGCUCUAAGUGUAAUGGUUUGAACAAUAUAGAGUACCUUAUCCAUUUAGAUAAAAUCUAAUUUUAGUCUAAUUAAAGCUUUGUAGUGUCAGUAGAUUUAAUGAGUUUAACAUAUUUAUCAAGCUACAAAUAAAGGAUCUUAAAAUGUGAAUUUUUUGUAAUUCAGUUAAUACAUAAAUAGACUAACAUUUAAAAAUUUUUAGUCACUGUUCUGCCUCCCCCCAUUUUUGCUCCUGUUACAGAAGUAAGUACUAGAUUUGGUGAGUAUUCGUCUCAGCUAUUUUCCAUGCAUUCACACAGAUGUGUGGCAGAGACUGCUGCUGUAAUGUUCAUUUUCUCCUCCUUUUGCAGACAGGAUUCCCACAUUUUAUAUGAACACGUGGCUGCUCAGCUAAGGACUUCUUCUCAGCCUCCCUCAUCGUUCACUGUGGCCACAUGACCAGGCAGUGGACAUGCAUAGUUCCAGGUUAGGCCCUUAGCUAAGGAGUCGGUGUGCUCUCUUCCUGUCAUUCCCCUUUCUUGCUGGCUGAGAGGCCAGUGGGAGCUGGGACAGAGACAUGGGAUAGACAGAAGCUGUGCUGAGGAUGGAGAAAUUGGCCUGCCAACCUUGAACUGCUUUCCUUUCAGCUUCUAAGAGCAAAAUAAAUUCCUGACUUGUUUAAACCACUGUCUUUUGGAGUCUUUUAAAGCAGCUAGCUUUGUUUUAUAUGCAUGAUUUACAUAAGUGGGAUUGCAUCAUUGUUUUACAACUAACUUUUCACUUAAUGUUAUAUGCAUGAUAUCUUUUCAUUCCUGCAGUUGUAACUCUACCUUCAUAAUUGCUGGAUUAAAAAUUAUGUGGAUUUUUAAUUUUAAUGGCUGUAAUGAAACUUUCCUUCAAUUCACACUCCAUAAAAGGACCCAUUC